AUGGCGUCGGUGUCGCCUCCCAAACCCUGGGAGAGAGCAGGUGCUGCUGCUGGGUCCGCGUUGUCUACUGCCCCCAUCGCUGGUAGCCCAGCUGCCUCAACCGCCAUGACUACUACAACUUCGCCUUCAACGGCCAACCCCGCAACAUCCACCACCUCCUCCGUCCCCGACCUGCCCUCCCGUCCCAGCACUCUCAACUCAGUCGUCAACUCGACAGCCUCCAAUUACUCCCCUUACGGUGCAUCGCGCUUUGGAGCCACCACACCCUACGGGGGAUACGGCGGCUAUGGCGGCUACUCGUCUCCGUACUCCCGCUUUGGCUCAAUGGGGUCGAUGUACGGUGGCAUGGGAGGCAUGGGAGGCAUGUAUGGUGGCAUGGGUGGCAUGGGAGGGAUGUACGGUGGCAUGCCUGGGCAGGAUCCCAAUGACCCCAACAGCCUGACCAACUCCUUCAGUCAAAGCACACAGGCCACCUUCCAGAUGAUUGAGAGCAUCGUCGGGGCAUUCGGUGGCUUCGCCCAGAUGCUUGAGAGCACAUAUAUGGCCACGCACAGUUCAUUCUUUGCAAUGGUCUCGGUCGCAGAGCAAUUUGGUAAUCUGCGCAACACCCUCGGCUCAGCCCUGGGUAUCUUCACAAUCAUUCGGUGGUUCCGAACCCUGAUCGCUAAGAUCACCGGUCGGCCUCCUCCCGCAGAUGCCACAUCUUUGACGCCUGCUGCCUUUGCAGCUUUCAUGGGUGGUCGCUCCGCGCCCGCCACUCUCCCCGAUGGCUCGCCUGCCCCGGCCAAGCCAUCCAAGAAGCCGUUCUUCAUGUUCCUGGUUGCCGUCUUUGGCCUGCCCUACCUGAUGAGCAAGCUUAUCAAGGCCUUGGCCCGGUCGCAGGAGGAAGAAGCCAAGCGCCGCCAGCAGCUGAUUGGCCCCAACGGCGAGCCUCAGUCCGCAGCCAUGGACCCGGCCAAGCUGGACUUCUGCCGUGUGCUGUAUGACUACUCCCCCGAGACUCAGGAGAGCAACGGCAUCGACCUUGCAGUGAAGAAGGGCGACAUUGUUGCCGUCCUCAGCAAGUCCGACCCCAUGGGUAAUGCCUCGGAGUGGUGGCGCUGCCGCGCCCGUGAUGGCCGUGUUGGUUACCUGCCUGGCCCAUACUUGGAGACUAUCCAGCGGCGCCCGGCACAACAUGCUAUCACGGCAGGCAGCGAGCCCGCCACCCGUACUAGUACGAUGAAGAGCGGCGCCGCCAAUGAGCGCACGCAGAGCCUGUCAUCACUCUCAAAGCCGGUUGGUGAUCAGCCACCCGAGCUCAAGGGCAAGAUGGGAGACAUCUCCCCCGAGAGUUUCCAGAAGAGCAACUUCUAUUCCUGA